CAAACAGAUUGAACGGCAUCUACGGCGAAAGCCUCGUCCGGUACAGAUCUCAGAACAGCAUUUGCCGUCACAUCUCCAUAAGCCAGUGUUAUGUCGAAAUAAACAAACAGUUUUCAAGUCAGCGCAUUGUCAGGACACUUAAUAUGUUAAACAGAGGCUAAGUCUAGGCGUAACAUUUUGAAAAGUCGUGUCCAGUAGACAUGCACUGUAGUCGAAAUGAGUUAUAGCAGUUUUAGGUAACACAUCACUGUUUCUAAAGUGGAAUAUAAAACUACUUUAAAAGUUUGUUCUCGAAGGAACCACUGGAGUACAUUGAGACCGUCAAGAAACCAUUCAGCCCGACUUUCGAUGCAAAAGCUUCAUGGCAUAAACCUGCUCUCACAUUCAGCUGGUAUCUAGGGAAAGCUCCCGAGAAGCCCACUAUUCUGACACCCUGCUGCCACUUUCCACAGCUUGUGGCGAACCAGGAAACAGCCAUAAGUAGCCAUGCCCGCCCUGGCCACCGGAGCCAGCCACGAGCCAGGUCUGUAUGAGCUGCUGGCAGCUCUGCCCUCUCAGCUGCAGCCACAUGUCAGCCAUCCAGAGGAUAACACGUUCCUCCAGGACAUGUUUGGAGCAAAGAGCCUCCGCUCCCUGGUCAAGAUCCAUGAACGACUGCAGCACUAUGAAGAGAGCAAACCCAUCCCCAUCCUGGACAGUGCUGUGGCUCUGGCCUAUGGACUGUCUGAGGAGCUGAAAGAGAAAUCAGGCAAUGAAGAAAUAAAAGAGCUUGUCAAACUACUGGCCAGACCCCACGUGAAGGGCAUUCUGUUGGUCCAUGAUGCAGUUGCCCAGAAGAGUUAUGACCCUGAACUACCUCCGCUGCCUGAAGAUAUCAACGAGGAGGAAGAUUCAGUGAAAAUCAUACGACUGGUUAAAAACAAGGAGCCUCUAGGAGCAACAAUAAGGCGUGACGAACACACAGGAUCUAUCCUCGUGGCCCGGAUAAUGAGAGGAGGUGCUGCCGACAGAAGCGGACUGAUUCAUGUUGGGGAUGAACUGAAAGAGGUCAAUGGAAUCCCUGUUGAUGACAAGAAACCGGAGGAAAUCAUUCAUAUUCUGGCCCAGUCAGAAGGAGCCAUUACUUUUAAAGUUGUUCCUGAUGUUAAGGAGGAAGCCUCAACCAAGGAGCCAAAGGUGUUUGUGAAGGCUCUCUUUGACUAUGACCCUAACGAGGACAAAGCCAUCCCAUGUAAGGAGGCUGGACUCACCUUCAAGAAGGGCUUCAUCCUUCAGAUCAUGAGCCAAGAUGAUGCAACAUGGUGGCAGGCCAAAGUUGAGGGUGAUGCCAACCCUCGAGCUGGCCUAAUCCCAUCCAAACAGUUCCAGGAGAGGAGAUUCGCUCUGCAACAUCAUGUUGCAACUGUCCCAAUCCAGAGAACCUCUAGCAAACGAUCAUCUGGAUUUAGGAGAAGCUUCCAUCUCAGCAGGAGGGACAGGAAAACCAACAAGUCUAUGUAUGAGUCUAAGAAAAGUGAAAUGUAUGACACGGCCGACGUGCCGACAUAUGAGGAGGUCACUCUGUACCGCAGGCAGAGCGGAGCUAAACACAGGCUGGUGCUCCUAGUAGGACCUCCAGGUGUUGGCUUGAAUGAGCUUAAGAAGAAACUAUUGAUCUCCGACCCUCAACACUUCAGUGUGACCAUCCCACACACCAGUCGGGCCAAGAGGAACCAGGAGAGCGAUGGUGUGGAGUAUCACUUCAUCUCCAAACAUCUUUUUGAGACAGAUAUCCACAACAACAAGUUCAUUGAAUACGGCGAGUACAAAGGGAAUUACUAUGGGACAAGUCUAGACUCCAUACGCUCCAUCCUCUCCAAGAACAAAGUGUGCUUAUUUGAUGUCCAGCCUCAAACAAUAAAGCACCUGCGAACAGCAGAGUUUAAACCCUUUGUAGUGUUUGUGAAGCCUCCAACUACUGAGAGACUGAGGGAGACCAGAAAAAAUGCGAAACAUAUAUCAGGCAAGGAUGACAAGGGAUCUGCCAAGCCAUUCACGGAGGAGGACUUUGAGGCCAUGGUGAGCACUGCCCAGACGAUGGAGACUCAGUAUGGUCAUCUCUUUGACAAAGUCAUAGUGAACGACAGCCUGUUGGAGGCCUUCAGCGAGCUGCAGCUGGCACUAAAGAAAGUGAAGAUGGAGACACAGUGGGUUCCAGUCAGCUGGACUCACUCCUGAGACCUAUGGUUGGAUUCAGACCUUGGCUGCGGUCUGGAUGUGAAUCUCCAGGUCUCGCCGGAUUUGACAUGGUCCUCCCAGAAUAUGGGCCUUGGGCAUGGAUCUGAGUCUCAGUCUGGGUGACACAAUCCAUAACCACAAGUUGGAAGUCCAAACCAGAAGGUGGAAAGACCCUAGGCCAUCACAGCACCAGCAGUCCUGCCAGCACAUCAGCAAUCUCACCAAGCAGGAUUCCUUCUGUAGUGUGUUUAGAACAUUAGACCAUUAGAAACCAAAGGGUCUGACUUUUUUUUUUUGGAUGGACAACUUUCAUACUUAAGGGAAAAGGGUAAGAAACAUAGGUGUCGUCUGUCUUGCUGUAUUUCUGUGCUUUAAUGCUUCCACAACUGUUACUCCAAACAGGACCUUGACAGAUACCCUCUCAAGAAAGGGUGUAAAAUGUAAUUGUAUUUAAGAGAACUUAAUAUAUUUUCUAUUAUCUUCCAUUUGUUUUUAAGUCUACCUUUUAUGUACAGCUUUUUACACUGGAUGCAUCUCUUCUUUCACUGUUUUGGUUUCAUUACCCCCAGUCUAGUUUUUCCUCUACGAAGUCCACAGAGAGCUACUUGACUUGAGUUAAGUCUUGCAUAUUCCAUUUAGGAGCCAUUUGAAAAACCACCCUUCAUAACGAAGAUGCCUGACAUAAGAGCUUUGCCAGUUAAAGUCCCAGAAGAGGACACUCUUGGCUGUCUGCUAGAAGAAAAUAUUCACGGUUCUGUUUUAUUAGAGUGAAGGUUUUAUUUUUAUUCACAUGAAAAUUGCUUCAACAGGGCUGCAACUAGUUGAUCUGUAGCACAAGUCUAAUUUAUACAAAUGUUAAGUAGCCACUCCUGACUUUAUGAGCACUAGAGGUUUAUUGCUAAUUUGAGUUGCCCAUUCCCAGUUUAACUGGGAAUCUUUUUAACUUUUUCUACUUUUUUCUAAGGCUUCUAUCAUAAAGAUACUUAAUGUCUUCUUAUGAGACAUUAAGUCAAAUUGUUUAGCCAUUAAUUAUGCCUCUGCCAUUAUAAUUAACAUCUUUACAAUCUUAUAGAAAACCACAAGGUAACUAGCUUAGCAGUGCUGGAAAUGGGGAAAUAACUAGUCUACAUGAUCUUUAUAUGCAUUUAUUUUACCUUUUAUUUUACCAUUGAUUCCAUUUUGAAAAAGGGUAAUAUAAGUGUUUAUGCUGAUCUGUAGUAUCACCCUUGCCUCUUUACUAUCCUCCUAGUUUGUUUCUAUUCAUUUUAGUGUAAUUAGUAAACUUAAACAUUUAGGUUAUUUUACUUAUUCAUUUUGUCUCACCUGCCUGCCAUUUGUUUCUCUGAUCUGAAUUAACCUUGUAGUGUCCAAAAAUUAUUUUUAAUUUCCUGCUAUACUAUAAAAGGAAUGCUGUCUCUGAGGCAGGGUGUAUGAAUUUUCAUUAUUCUUGAUAUGGGCUACUUUUUAUAUUAAAGGAAAUCUAACUAAAAUUGUCCAACAUGUUGAGUUAAUUUCAUUCAUGUUUUCAUCUGGGCAAAGAGCAGUCAGCAGUGAUGGCGUCCUGGGACUUGAUCUUUGAAUGCCAUUCACAUUGAUCUUUUUUCAGUUUUGAAAAAAAGAAGAAGAAAAUAUUUCAGGAGCAUCUUUGAGCUGCCCUAUAAAAUUUGGCUCCAAGUUGCACAGUUACACCACUAUGACUAGUAAUAAGAAGAAGUAGUAAAGAAAGACCAGGUUUAAAUCAGGGUUGCGUCAGGAAGGGCAUCCGGCGUGUUGGGC